AUGACGACGCAGACGCUUCCCGCCGACUCCGCCAACGGCUAUGACUACCUGAUCGUUGGUGGAGGAACGGCCGGCUGUGUGGUUGCGAGCCGACUAUCCGCCUAUCUACCAAAGAAACGUAUCCUGCUUAUCGAAGGCGGGCCUAGUGAUGUCGGGGACAACCGUGUCUUGAUCUUGAAAGAUCGUAUUCAGACCAUCGGCACAGACCUUGACUAUGGCUAUACAAGCGUGCCUCAGCCAAAUGGCAAUAGUCACAUCCUCCAUUCGCGUGCCAAGGUGCUGGGAGGGUGCUCCAGCCACAACGACAUGAUUUCGUUCCGAACGACCGAGUACGACGCAUUUCUCUGGCAGAAGCUGGGGUGCAAAGGCUGGACCUUUGAUCUUUUCAAUCGCCUUCUGGACAAGUUGCGGACUACCGUACGGCUCCCUCACCCCCGAGAUCAGAACAAGAUGUGCAACGAUUGGAUCGAGUCUGCGAGGGCUGCCUUGGGUGUCGACAAGGUUCAGGACUUUAACCACAUGAUAUCGUCAAAAGCUGGUCUCCAGGAAGGCGUCGGGUGGUGCAAUGUCUCUUAUGAUCCGGAUACGGGCCAUCGCAACAGCGCCAGCAUUGCGUACUUGCAUCCAACCUUUCGAGGGGACGAGAAGCGUCCGGGUUUGACGGUGCUUACUGACGCUUGGGUUUCAAAAGUCCACCUUGAGGGAGAUACCGCAACUGGCAUUGAUGUGGCUCUCAAGUCGGGAGAGAUGCAUACUUUGCGCGCCAGACAAGAAAUCAUUCUCUGUGCUGGUGCCAUAGAUACUCCCCGGCUACUCCUACUAUCAGGAAUCGGACCCCGGGAACACCUGGAAUCAGUCGGCAUUCAGGUCACCAGCGACAUCUCUGGGGUUGGAGAGAACCUGAUGGAUCACCCUCUGACAACAAUGCUUUACGAGCUGAACCGUACGCCUCCCCAAAACACCGUCGCAAAUUCGGACACGGCCCUGUUCUUGCGUUCCAAACCCUUCAACCACAACGGAGACGACGGGCAUAUCCCCGAUGUCAUGGUCCAUAUCUUCACCAUCCCCUUUGUUGACGACCUUCAGCGCCUUGGGUACGAGAUUCCAGAGCCAGAGCGUUGCUUCCAUUUUAUGCCCCUGAUUCCUCGCCCCAAAUCAGUAGGACGACUUUAUCUCAAGUCCAACAAUCCACACAAGAAGCCAGCUCUUGAUUUCCAAUACUUCACCGACAAGGACGGCUACGAUUCUUCCAUUCUCGUCGACGGCAUAAAAGCAUGCCGAAAGAUAGCGGAGCAAGAGCCUUUCAAGUCCUGGAUCAAGCGCGAGAUCGCACCGGGGCCAGAUCUCACCACAGAUACACAACUAGACGAGUUUGCUCGUCGGGCCUCGGGAACCGUAUACCACCCUGCAUGCACAACAAAGAUGGGUGACAUCGAGACAGACCCCAUGGCCGUGGUGGACACAGAGCUGAGAGUGCGCGGGAUAAAGGGACUGAGGGUUGCUGAUGCGGGUGUUUUCCCAACUAUGCUUUCUGUAAACCCAAUGCUGACGGUGCUUGCCGUCGGCGAGCGUUGUGCUGAGCUCGUUGCACUUGACGCGGGCUGGAAGGAGAAUAUGCCAAAGCUAUAG